UCCUGGCAGUCAACAUGAAAGGCUUAGUCUCAGUCUGCUGCUUUGUCUCCGUGCUGGCACUUGCCACGCCAGAGGAAGAAGAGGUUCUAGACUCCAUUCUGAGAGACAGAUCUCACAUUGAGGAGACAUUAAGACUGGCAGCAGAAGAGAGCUCAGGUGACUAUGCAGCUGCUCUACUGAGACUGAGAAAGAUCUAUCACAAUUCCAUCAGGCCAAUGGAACAUGCUUACAAAUACAAUGAGCUCAGACAACAUGAAAUCUCAGCCUAUCCUGGACGAACCCUUGGGGAUUCAGCCACAGAUGGAGAGAUUACCUCCAAACCCAUGGUGCUAUUCCUUGGCCCUUGGAGUGUAGGCAAGUCCUCCAUGAUCAACUAUUUACUGGGACUUCAGGACACUCCUUACCAACUAUACACAGGAGCCGAGCCCACUACAUCUGAGUUUACUGUAAUCAUGCAUGGUGAGAAGAUCCGGUCUGUGGAAGGUAUUGUAAUGGCUGCUGACAGCUCUCGCUCCUUCUCACCACUGGAGAAGUUUGGCCAGAACUUUCUGGAGAAGUUAAUUGGCAUUGAGAUGCCUCACAAGCUCUUGGAGCGUGUUACCUUUGUGGACACUCCUGGAAUCAUUGAGAACCGCAAGCAGCAGGAGAGAGGCUAUCCAUUUAAUGAUGUGUGUCAGUGGUUCAUUGACCGUGCAGACCUGAUCUUUGUGGUAUUCGACCCCACCAAGCUGGAUGUUGGCCUUGAGCUUGAGAUGCUUUUCAGGCAACUGAAAGGUCGGGAGUCCCAGAUCCGCAUUAUCCUGAACAAGGCAGACAGCCUGGCCACCCAGGAUCUCAUGCGGGUGUAUGGUGCCCUGUUCUGGAGUUUGGCACCUCUUAUUAAUGUUACAGAACCCCCACGGGUGUAUGUCAGCUCCUUCUGGCCCUACGACUAUGCCCCUAACACCAGUCGUGAACUUUUCAAACGUGAAGAGGUUUCCCUCCUAGAAGACCUGAACCAAGUGAUUGAGAACCGCCUGGAAAACAAAAUCGCCUUCAUUCGUCAGCAUGGCAUCCGUGUGCGCAUCCAUGGCCUCCUUGUAGACCGUUACGUGCAGACAUUCAAGGAGAAGAUGAGUUUCUUCAGUGACCCUGAGUUAGUGUUCAAGGAAAUCAUCGAUGACCCAGACAAAUUCUACAUUUUCAAGUCUAUUCUGGCAAAGACCAAUGUUAGCAAGUUUGACUUGCCCAACCGUGAUGCAUACCGUGACUUCUUUGGUAUUAACCCAGUGACCAGUUUCAAGCAGCUCUCUGCCCAGUGUUCAUACAUGGGUGGCUGCCUGUUGGAUAAGAUUGAGAAGGCCAUUACAGAAGAUCUGCCUGGCCUUCUUAGCAGCAUCAACUCCAGUAAGAACCCAAUUUUGUCCUCCUGUGAGGCUACCGGCUGUGGGGAGAAGCCCAAGAAUCGCUACAGACGAAACUGAGGUUAAGGUGUAUAGAAGAGAGCAAGAAAAGUGGCAGUGGAGUGACAAACAUAUCCCGUGCCAGACACAGUCCAUCUCAGAGGAGAUUCAGCACAGAAGAAGAAUUUUUUUGGUUUAUUUUUAAGUGGUGAGGUGGGGUGGUGUCUUUGAGAAAACAGGACUUUGGAAAUUCUAGAGAAAUCACAAAGCAAGAGAAAAUAAGUUUACCAAAAUAAAACUCUCCACCUAGUUUUUGUGAACUGUAUGCAGUUUGGAGGGAAAGGUGUACAAAUGGAAGAAAUAUAGCUGACACACAUAAAAGAAAAAAAUCCUGGGACUGGCAUAUUCAGUAUAAGCUGCCUUCAAUGUGAAUAAAAUUGAAAAAAAAAAUACAAAUAAAUAGCUGUCACAGUCGUGUUUUAUAAAAAAAAUAGGUUGUAGUUUUGUAAACAAUGUGUUUAUGAAAAGAAAAUUAGUAGGUCAGCUCAUGACUUUUUUUUUCUUUCAUAGGUGUGAAUUUAGUCACUUUCACAAAAAAAUAGACUUGUGUCUUGCUGCUGUAAGAUUUGUCUCAGUAAAACAAAACAAGAAAAAACCUUUUCACUGAGAAUGCAUGUUAGGCUAGAUUUAACUGAUAUUAACAGAGGAUAUCACAUUCUCAUUUUCUGUUUGUUCUCUUUAUAAACACUUUCAGGAUAAAGUAUAUGUAUUCAAAGUUCUGUUUUCAUGUGUUUCCAGGUCUUCUGUAAUUCUCACUGAAGGCCAUUUUAUUAGGACUUCUUUGUUUUCUGUGUUUUUUGUGCCUACUUGAUGAGAAACCUCUGCUUUGGCUUAGAUGUAAUGUUAGUGAUAUGUUAAAUUAGCUUUAGAGUAUUAUUUGCCCAAGUAUUUUAGCAGUAAGGAAGUGGGAAGUGAAUAAACAGUACAAUAUUGACAGCAAUAAAAGUGUUUACUAUCAUAA